GACCAUCAGUCUGAAUACGAUUUAGAAAACACAAUAUUUAAGAAUGGCAACAGAAUCUUUUUCAUGCGGAUGGAUAGAUUUUCUUACGCGAUGCUUCUACCAUCCUUCUCAAAAUUUACUGACGGUUCAAGCUUGCUUUGAACACUGCUUAUCUGAAGGACGCAGGAGAACUAGAGCAAAGCAGUCUGAUUCGAAAGCUAAAUGGGACCAGACAGUGGCAAAACAAGGAAAAGAAGCAGCAGCACUGGAACUGAUUUUCAACGAAAUCAAAAUCACCGACGAUUUCUUAGAAGCAAUGAAGAAAUUUGGGUUUCAGAUUUGUGAAGUAAUUAAAGAAUUUAUUAAUGAUGCAGAAAUAUUGACUGAAUUACCCUGCAUUUUAGACGCUUACUUACAAUUGAAUAAGACAUUGAACAUGACUAUUACAAAUAAUGGAUCUGCAAAAGAUAUGUUCAUCGUGUUGAAGAAAGAACAAUUCCUGUAUAACUCGAUUCAGCGUCAGAAACCAGUUUUAACAGAUGACCUCAUUGCGGCUAAAAAUGAGUUAAUGAUGCUGAUUAGCGAUAAGUACCAGAGAACCCAAUCAAGACAAGAAACAAUUAGCAGAUUGCAGCCAACACCAGAAAAUAUACCCAAAUUUCAAGGUUCAAUCGACGAAUGCUUUCAUCACCGUACUCAGUCUUUGAAGAUAUAUUGUACUUCUGCUGAGAAGGGUGGUCUUUGCUGUGACAAAUGCUUAACCGAAGAACACAGGGACUGUCAUGAAGAUGCGCACGUAAUCAUUGAAAAAGAAGCCAAUAAAUUGAUUUUGACAAUGGAUGUGCAAUAUGAAACGGAACUCAUACAAACAUUUGCUAAAAAAGUACCAGCAAUAGAUGAGCUUUGUUCGAAGGAACGGAAUACCACGCUAGAUUCAAUACACACAAUGAUGACAAUUGGUUCAGAAAUUGAUCGCGUGAUUGUAGAAUAUGAGAGAGACUUUGCAGCUUUGAAAACCCUGCGAGAUAAAUUAACCCAAUGUGCGGAAUUUUACAACGACAUUGGUACUGAAUGGAAGAUGUGUACUGGAAAAGAUUCAAGCGCUGAUUUUAUCUGUCUUCAAUCGGAAGAUUUCUUUCUGAAUUGGAGUUUAUCGUUUUUACUGACAAUAGAUGUAACUGAAAUGAAACGUGGCUGCUUUACGGCUAGAUAUGAAUGGUGGACAUUCGCAUACGACCAGUACAAGAGACACCAACAGAAGAAAAUUAAUCCAAACGACGAUGGUUCGAAUACGUCUGAAGGUGACAAACCUUGCGCCAAGCAAGUCAAACCAUUACCAGGUAGACCAAGUUAUGAGCAUUAUAAGGAAUCUGGGAACACGCAAGAACGAAAUGCAGACGAACAAGUACAACAACAAAUGCAAAUAGAGAAAACGCGCCAGACCGAAGCCAGCAAGCAGAUGCUAUAUUGCGUUUUUGGGAACUUUGUCUCUAUUCUUGAAGAGCUUGAGUUAAGAAUUGAAAAAGGAGAUAUCAAAAUGCCUAGAUCUAAAAUAUAUUUGGCUGACCAAUCUUACAAAUCUGUUGAAGAU